GCGGGUGCCCGCGCGGCCGUGCGCGCCGCCGCCGGUGCCCGUGCUGCCUGGCGCUGCCGGAGCGCUGCUGCUGCUGCCGCCGCCCGGCCCCGCGCCCGCCGCCGCCGCUGCUCCCGGUGCGGCUGCGGGUCCCGCUGCGGCUGUGGCUGCCGGAGGUGACAUCUCUGUCAUUUGCCACCGGGACAGUUGUGGAGCCACUGAGGAUGUAGUCUGAGUGGCGGGACGCAAGGAGGAAGAGGACAAGGAGGUGUCUUGGGGACAGCACCGUGCUUGUGUGUCCCCAGCACCAUCCGCAUCCACCCUUCAGCUGACACAGCCCAGGGGCUUCCCGGUGGCUUUUUGGAGCCUGAGCCAGCGCCGCGGCGAGGAGAAAGGGCCGAGGAAGCCGUGCCAGGUGAUGGAUGGCCCCACCCCGGUGCGGCAGUCCCGGAGGAGCAGGACGGGGUGGCUGGGGCACGGUGGGGACCUGGCUGGCAGCACUUGCCCCUGCAGAGCCCCACAGCGUUUGCUCCGCUGAGCUCCGACCCAGCAGGAACGGGGGGGAGCAUUCGGAGGGGCUCCGGGUGAUCCCCGCACGGGGCUGAGCCGCUGUCCCCCAGCAUGGCACGGCAGGGCGCAGGGGCCAUGCUGGCCUCCGGUGGCCUGGGCUUCCCCCCACAAAACCUGGCCCGGGUGGUGGUGUGGGAGUGGCUGAACGAGCACGGGCGCUGGCGGCCCUAUUCGGCCGCCGUCUGCCACCACAUCGAGAACGUGCUGAAGGAGGAUGCCCGUGGCAGCGUGGUGCUGGGGCAGGUCGACGUCCAGCUGGCACCGUACAUCAUCGAUCUCCAGUCCAUGCAUCAGUUCCGGCAGGACACGGGGACCAUGCGCCCCGUCCGGAGGAACUUCUACGACCCAUCCUCAGCCCCAGGGAAGGGCAUCGUGUGGGAGUGGGAGAACGACAACAGCUCCUGGACGCCCUACGACAUGGACAUCUGCAUCACCAUCCAGAACGCCUACGAGAAGCAGCACCCCUGGCUGGACCUCUCCUCCCUGGGCUUCUGCUACCUCAUCUACUUCAGCAGCAUGUCCCAAAUGAACCGGCAAACCCAGCGCAAGCGCCGGCUCCGGCGCCGCAUGGACCUGGCGUAUCCCCUCACCAUGGGCUCCAUCCCCAAAUCGCAGUCGUGGCCGGUGGGGACCAGCACAGGGACACCCUGCUCCUGUCCCCAGUGCCUGCUGGUCAACAGCACCCGUGCCGCCUCCAACGCCAUCCUGGCGUCCCAGCGCCGAAAGCUCUACCCGGGGGCUGUGCGCCAGAGCAGCACCUUUGCCGGGGCGGCGCUGUGGCCGGUGGGGACAGGGACGGUGGCGGUGGCGGGUGGCACAGCCAAGGGCGAGGGGCUGCGGGUGUCCAGCGGGGCAUUCGCCCCCAACCAGAGUGUCCCUGGCACGGCGCCGCUGCCUGGGCUCAACAACCUCAACCGCCCCGGCACGCAGCGGGGGGGUGGACUGAGCACCCGUGCCACCGUCCCCCCAGGGGUCCCGGCCCUCCCAGUCAAGAACCUGAAUGGCACCGGCCCUGUCCAUCCUGCCCUCGCAGGGAUGACAGGCAUCCUGAUGUGCGCUGCUGGGCUGCCCGUCUGCCUGACCCGCGCCCCCAAGCCCAUCCUGCACCCGCCGCCUGUCAGCAAGAGCGACAUCAAACCUGUGCCCGGUGUCAAUGGCAUCUGCAGGAAAACCAAGAAGAAGCAUCUCAAAAAGAGCAAGGCCCCUGAGGACGUGGUGCGACGCUACAUCCAGAAGGUGAAGAACCCCCCGGAUGAGGACUGCACCAUCUGCAUGGAGCGGCUGGUCACCUCCUCCGGCUACGAGGGCGUCCUCAGCCAGCGCAGCAUCAAGCCGGAGCUGGUGGGCAAGCUGGGCAAGUGCGGGCACAUGUACCACCUGCUCUGCCUCCUGGCCAUGUACAACAAUGGCAACAAGGAUGGCAGCCUGCAGUGCCCCACCUGUAAGGCCAUUUAUGGGGAGAAGACGGGGACGCAGCCCCCUGGGAAGAUGGAGUUUCACCUCAUCCCCCAUUCCUUGCCUGGCUACACCGACUCCAAAACCAUCCGGAUUGUCUACGACAUCCCCACCGGUAUCCAGGGCCCGGAGCACCCCAAUCCUGGCAAGAAGUUCACGGCACGAGGCUUCCCGCGGCACUGCUACCUGCCCGACAAUGAGAAGGGCAGGAAGGUGCUGAAGCUGCUGAUCGUGGCCUGGGACCGGCGGCUCAUCUUCACCAUCGGCACGUCCAACACCACGGGGGAGUCAGACACAGUGGUGUGGAACGAGAUCCACCACAAGACCGAGUUCGGGUCCAACCUGACGGGCCACGGCUACCCUGACCCCAACUACCUGGACAACGUCCUGGCUGAGCUGCUGGCCCAGGGUGUCUCCGAGGCCACCCUGAAGGACUGAGGCAAGGGUGAGGGGCUCCCCACCGCCCUCUCGCCCCCGCGUCCCCUCCUGUGCCAACGCCGCCCGCGCCGCUUCGCUGCCGAUGCUGCAGCCCUGCCGGGUGGGCUUCUCCCCCAUCCUGGGCCACCCGGUGCCACUCGCCACGUGUCCCUGUGUCCCCCCCCCCACUGCCCCAGUUUACCCUGCUCCCGUGGCAAUAGCAUCGUGGGCUGGUGCUUUUCUUUUUCUACCCGUGGCCUCUUUGCGCAUCAGCCGCCUGUGCCACCCGCCGCUGCCCCACGGAGCCGCGUACAGCUGGUGCCAUGUGUACAUCUCUGUGUUACAGAAUACACCCCGCACCGGGCCAGUG